UGGGAAGAAAUAAAGCUAUUGGAUAAGUCAUUCAAGCCUAAGAUUUAUGAGUACCUAUCCCAAUAUGUUAACAUAUCAAAAGACACAUUGAUUCGUCGAUCGAAGGGUUUACGUUUAUCCGAAGAAGAAAAGAAACUGGCUAAGCUCAGAAAUGAACUGAAAAUGUUAAUUGAUCAACAGAUGCCCGCUCUUGAGAUGGGGUUUCGAAAACGAUGUGACGACUUCUUGAAACAGAAGUUUGCUAAAGAUAAGGAUGAUGGACAAAUCAAAAGUCAGAGGACUCCUAGAAGACAAUACCAUUGGAAUGAACAGUCGAGAAAAUUGGUAAAAGAUAUAUGGAAUAUUAAAAAACAGUGCCUUCGUCUGGAUGGCAAGAAGAAAGAUUUAGAAGAACUGUUGAACCAAUACCUUCGAAAAAACAUUUUACCACUUUGGCCUGAAGGAUGGAUGUAUCUUAAAUCACUCAAAAAUAAAAUAGAGAACACAAGUGAUUUGAAUUUUAACAGUACCUCUAUAAAUCUUGGAAAUGUUAUAGCUCAAGCUGUUCAGAAAUAAAUCAACGUAAUUUUGUACCAGAAGCAACAGUUGAACAAAAUAGUUUUCAUAAGUUAUAAGUACUUACCUUUAGAUUGAUUAUUUUCGUCGUAAGUUUUACUUAAAGCUAUCGCCAAAAUAAAAGUUGUCAGAGAAUGAGAGAGAGAUUGAGAUAAAGAGAGACAUAGAGACAUAGAUUUUUAAGUGUAAAAUUAUAUCGGCAUAUUUAUGGAACAAUGCCCUGAUAUUAUUUUGGUAAGAAAUGACUCAAAGCUUAGUUUUUUUAUUAGAGUUGAAUUAACUCCACAGAAUAAAAUCAGAUUUGUUAAACGAAAAAAUUGUUUCUCUUUAAACAAUUUCCAUUUUUCCAGUCAAAAAAAGUAACUAUUUUAUUCAUUUUUCUUUUUUCAAACUCUAAUUUUAUUUCAUUCACGAAGUUGAUGGACUUUUAGUAUAUCCUGCAGUUGAAAAAACCACAGCAAAAUAAAAACGAACUGACAUUUUUUCAUUUCUCACAACUUAUGAAUCAAUGAAAUGAAUUAUAUUACUUUCAACAAUCUUCAAUCAUGUAUAGGAAAAUUGAUAACUAUAUCAAGUUUUUAUAUUUUUUUACCUGAAUUUGAUUAUCAGAUGAUAAUAUUUUCAUACUUCUUACACUUCAAUUUUUCCAUUGAUUUCGGUGGAAAUAUUCUUUGAAUCCUGUUUUAAAAUAGGAAACAAAAAUGAUUAUUGUAUUUUUACAGCUGAAAUUGAUAACACCUUCAAGAUAAUUAUUGAGUCUUUCUAGAAAGUGUUAUUAUUAAUAAAAUGAAUGUGAUAUCAAUUCAAAAAUUAGAAACUAGAAAAGUUAUUUAGAUUGCAAUACUUUUGAUAGAUUUUUUAUAUUGCUUGGAUAUAAGUCAAUCAUUAUUUUAUUAUACCUAUAGUAAUUGUAUGCUAUAUAUUGCUUCUCGGUCCUUGGCUAAGAUCGAAGUGCAAUUGUAUGCUAUGUUAUAAGUAUUUCAAUAAAGUUUAUUUCAAAUGUG